AUGGGUUAUAUGAAUGGAAGGUUGGGUUUUGGGGUGACACUUUUUUCCCCCCUUUUCGGGUUACUCUUGAUAAUCAGAAGGUCGGGGACGCGGGCUCUGGUCUGCUUACCCUGCGACGAAUCCAAAUGCGAAGAGCCGAAGAGUUGCCCCGGUAGCAUCGUGCUGGGGAUCUGCGGUUGUUGUUUCAUGUGCGCUCGGCAACGCAACGAAAGCUGCGGGGGAGUCUACGGGCUGCACGGAGCUUGCGACCGGGGCUUGCGCUGUGUCAUCCGACCUCCGCUCAACGGGGACUCCAUCACCGAGUACGAAGUGGGCGUCUGUGAAGAUGAAAACUGGGAUGAUGAUCAGCUUCUUGGAUUCGAACCAUGCAAUGAAAACCUUAUAACAGGUUGUAACAUAAUCAACGGGAAAUGCGAAUGUGACACCAUUCGGACCUGUAAUAAUCCAUUUGAAUUUCCAAGCCGGGAUACUUGCCUGUCGGCCUUAAAAAGGAUUGAAGAAGAGAAACCUGACUGCUCUAAGGCCCGCUGUGAAGUCCAGUUUUCUCCUCGCUGUCCAGAAGAUUCCAUCUUGAUUGAAGGCUAUGCUCCUCCUGGUGAAUGCUGUCCACUCCCGAGCCGCUGUGUGUGUAAUCCUGCAGGCUGUUUGAGGAAAGUUUGCCAGCCUGGCUAUUUGAAUAUACUGGUUUCUAAGGCAUCAGGAAAGCCAGGGGAGUGCUGCGAUCUCUAUGAAUGUAAACCAGUGUUCAGUGUGGAUUGCAGCACAGUCGAAUGUCCUCCUGUUCAACAAGUUGUUUGCCCUCUGGAUAGCUAUGAAACCCAAGUCAGACUGACGGCUGAUGGCUGCUGUACCCUGCCCACAAGAUGCGAGUGUCUCUCUGAUCUUUGUGGUUUCCCCAUGUGCGAGGCAGGCUCCGUUCCCCAGAUAGUCUCGCGUGGAGAUGGAACACCUGGCAAGUGCUGUGAUGUCUUUGAAUGUGUCAAUGAAGUGAAGCCAACUUGUAUAUUUAACAGCAUGGAGUAUCAUGAUGGAGACAUGUUCCGAAUGGAUGCUUGUCGAUUUUGUCGAUGCCAAGGUGGAGUCUCUAUUUGUUUCUCUGCCCAGUGUGGUGAGCUACACUGCGACAGGUACUAUGUGCCAGAAGGAGAGUGCUGCCCUGUGUGUGAAGACCCAGUUUAUCCGGUGAAUAACCCUGCUGGCUGCUAUGCCAAUGGUCAGAUCCAGGCUCACGGAGACCGCUGGCGAGAGGACGACUGUACUUUCUGCCAGUGCAUCAAUGGAGAUCCACACUGCGUUGCAACAGCCUGUGGGCAGAGCUGUCUAAAUCCUGUUAAAGUCCCUGGGGAAUGCUGCCCGGUGUGUGAAGAACCAACAUACAUCACAAUAGGUCCACCCACCUGUGAGAUUUUGGUAAACUGCACUUUGACUGAAAAAGACUGUAUCUACAGCUUCAAACUGGACCAAAAUGGUUGCCGCAUUUGUCAGUGCAAAACUAGGGAGGAGCUGUGCACUGGCCUCAUUUCAGGCUGUUCCUUGGACUGUUCCUUCGGCUUCCAGACUGAUGUUCACAACUGCGAGAUCUGUCAGUGCCGACCGCGGCCAAAGAAGUGCAAACCCAUUGUAUGUGACAAGUACUGUCCCUUUGGAUACUUGAAGAACAAGCAUGGCUGUGAAAUCUGUCGCUGUAAGAAAUGCCCAGAACUGCCUUGUGGUAAAAUCUGUCCGAUGGGCUUCCAGCAGAACAAGCAUGGCUGCGUUAUCUGCAAGUGCAGAGAGGCAACUGCUUCUCUUAUGCCUCCCGUUAAAACAGGCUCUUGCCUGUCAAUGGAUGGGCGCCGGCAUGAGAAUGAGGAGAGCUGGCACGACGGCUGCAGAGAGUGUUACUGUCACAAUGGACGGGAAAUGUGUGCCUUGAUCACCUGCCCCGUUCCCAAUUGCGGCAACCCCACCAUAUAUCCAGGGCAGUGUUGCCCAUCAUGUCCAGAUGAAAUAAUUGUGCAGAAGCCAGAGCUUACCAGUCCAUCUAUCUGUCAUGCUCCUGGAGGGGAAUACUUUGUAGAAGGAGAGACAUGGAAUAUUGAUUCUUGCACACAAUGCACAUGCCACAGCGGACGUGUCCUUUGUGAGACUGAAGUCUGUCCACCCCUUCUUUGUCAAAAUCCCACCCGCACUCAAGACUCCUGCUGUCCGCAGUGCCCAGAUGAGCUUCCUCAACCCUCAUCAUCAAGCAAUGAGAGCAUGCCCAGUUAUUGCAAAAAUGAUGAAGGAGAUAUUUUUCUGACAGCUGAGUCCUGGAAACCCAAUGUCUGCACCAGUUGCAUUUGCAUGGAUGGUGUGAUUAGAUGCUACUCUGAGUCUUGCCCACCAGUAUCCUGUGAGAGACCUGUUUUGAGAAAGGGACAAUGUUGUCCUUACUGUAUUGAGGAUACAGUUCCAAAGAAAGUGGUCUGCCACUUCAACGGGAAAACAUACGCAGAUGAGGAACGCUGGGACAUUGACAGCUGCACACACUGCUACUGCCUGCAGGGUCAGACUCUCUGCUCCACCGUCAGCUGCCCACCCCUUCCUUGUGCUGAGCCCAUCAACGUGGAAGGAAGCUGCUGUCCCAUGUGUCCAGAGAUGUAUGUACCUGAACCUACUAACAUCCCCAUUGAGAAGACAAAUCAUCGAGCAGACAUGGAACUAGCAGUACCAAACUGGCCAACACCAAGUGAAAAUGACAUAAUCCACAUUCACAGAGACAUGAAUCAUCUCCAGGGGGAAUACAGAAGUGGUGGUGGACCGCACCCGAGUGAAGAUGCAUCAGUUAGCUCUAUUGCCUUGGUGGCAAUUCCUAUCACGAUAGCACUGUUACUGAUUAUCGUCCUUCUGCUCAUCAAUCAGAAGAAGCAGUGGAUUCCAGUGUCCUGCUACAAAACUCCAGCAAAGCCUUCUUGCCUAAACAAUCAACUGGUAUAUGUGGACUGCAAGAAAGGUACCAUGGUCCAGGUGGACAGUUCUCAGAGGAUGCUAAGAAUUGCAGACCCAGAUUCAAGAUACAGUGGAUUCUACAGCAUGCAGAAACAGAACAACCUACAGGCAGAUAAUUUCUAUCAAACAGUUUGAAGAAUUGCACCCCUACCGAGAAUUAAAGAAAGAGAAAGAGAGAGAGAGAGAGACUAAGUCUGCUAUUAAAAUAAAACUAGAAUUGUGCACUUGCUUAGUGGAUUGUAUUGGAUUUGUGACUACAUGUACAGCUCUUAAGACCUUACUGGGAUGAGCUCUGACUCCUGCAAUGUGCCAGAAAAAGCAUUCCCACUUUUCCUUGAGAUAACUGACCAAGUGUUUUCUUAGAACCAAAGUUUUAAAACUUGUUAAGAUGUAUUUGCUUGUAACAUAGCUAUAGAGGUUUUUUGGGAGGGGGAAUCAGGGGCUAGGAGUAGAGGUCAAAGGAAGCUUCAGAGAAAAGAAGCUGGUCAGGCUUGGCUGGAGAAGAAAAUGAAUAAAAAAUACUGCCGAGCAGCAGGAUAGUGGUUUCUCUUGUUGCUCUGAAAUUGCAUCUGUUGCAGCAAAGCCUAACCCCAGGU